UCAGCUCUGCCUGCAGUUGAGCACAAAGACCUGGAGGAGACUCCCACAUCCUUCGGGGAGAAGAAAGGAGGCAGCUAAGCAGAUUAAAGGAACUUGUGGCUUGUGGCCUUUUGGAAAGGGGGAAGGUGAAUUAGAGGCCCGGUGCGAGUUAAUGAGCUGUGAGAUGAGGCGCCGCUGCUGCUGCUGACACCCAGGUUCCAGGCUCCGUCCGCUGCCCUUUGUGCUUCAUGUACAUGUGUCUAUUCAGCGCAUCUGGAGGCGCCCAGACCAGAAUCCAACACGGCUGCCGGGGAGAGACCACCCACCAUGCCCACGGAGACCCUACAGACAGGUAGCAUGGUGAAGCCGGUCAGCCCCGCGGGCACCUUCACCUCGGCGGUGCCCCUGCGCAUCCUCAACAAAGGGCCCGACUACUUUCGCAGGCAGGCCGAGCCCAACCCCAAAAGACUCAGCGCCGUGGAGAGGCUGGAAGCGGACAAGGCCAAGUAUGUCAAGAGUCAGGAGGUCAUCAACGCCAAGCAGGAGCCCGUGAAGCCGGCCGUGCUAGCUAAGCCCCCCGUGUGCCCGGCCGCCAAGCGCGCCCUGGGCAGCCCCACGCUCCGGGUGUUCGGCAGCCACGCCAAGACCGAGAGUGGCGUGCAGAGGGAGAACCUGAAGCUCGAGAUCCUGAAAAACAUCAUCAACAGCUCCGAAGGCUCCAGUUCGGGCUCGGGGCACAAGCACAGCUCCCGGAACUGGCCGUCCCACCGGCCAGACUCCACUGACCUGCACCGGCACUCCUUCGCCGAGUCCCUGAAGGUGUACCCCACGCAGGGCCGCGGCAGCCCGCAGGAAGGCGGCUCCCACGUGGGCAGGAGGCUGCUGGAGCAGUCGGCCGAGUCCUUCCUCCACGUCUCCCACAGCUCCUCGGACAUCCGCAAAGUGACCAGUGUGAAGCCCCUAAAAGCGAUCCCCUGCAGUAGCUCCGCCCCUCCCCUGCCUCCCAAACCCAAGGUCGCGGCCAUGGCCACCGUGAAGUCCCCUGAAGCCGACCCGGUGGAACCAGCCUGCGGAGUCAGCCGGCGACCCUCGCUCCAGCGGUCUAAGUCAGACUUGAGUGACAGGUAUUUCCGCGUGGAUGCAGACGUGGAGAGGUUUUUUAACUACUGCGGACUGGACCCCGAAGAGCUGGAAAACCUUGGAAUGGAAAACUUUGCAAGGGCUAAUUCCGACAUCAUCUCCCUUAACUUCCGCAGCGCAAGCAUGAUCAGCUCAGAUUGCGAACAGUCUCAGGACAGUAACAGUGACCUUAGAAAUGAUGACAGUGCCAAUGACCGGGUGCCAUAUGGCAUUUCUGCCAUCGAAAGAAAUGCUAGGAUCAUCAAGUGGUUAUAUAGUAUCAAACAAGCUAGAGAGUCACAGAAGGUCUCCCACGUGUAAGACAAAGUGCGUGCAAAGGAGGGAGGGGUGGGUCUCUGUCUGUGCAUCCGCAGUCGUGAAGGUUGUGAGCUUCUCCACUCUCUUUGUGUUGCUUGUUGUGCAAUGUUUCCAAGUUGCAUGCCUGUCAACAUGGGGACUGACCUGGCUUCCACGUGAACCAUCGCUGCAGAGCCUGGCUGAACACAACAUCAUCUGCCAAGAGUUUCAGGCCAGAAUCCGAUUAGGGCUUCGAUCUUAAGCAAAACUGUUUACACGAAAAACGGUAUACAACUUCUUCAAUAUUUAUGUGGUUCUUGUGUUUUUAUAUCCCGCGCUCUUGUGUCUUAAUUAAAAGUUUUAUCAACUGGCUUUUAAGUUGAGAGUAGAAUCUUUUUGAAAUAAAAAGCCAAUUUGCCUACGUGUGAGCCCGAAACAAUGGGGAAAAAAAUCAAUGGGAUCUGCUACCAAACAGAUACAGUGACUGACCUAAGAUAGAGAACCAUGCUGGGUUUUCUGAGGAAGAAAGCGGUGAGCCUGAUGUUAAUCAUUUGCAUAUUAGAAUUCUCCUGCCACUACUAAAGUAAGGGUUGGGGCAAUAGUGCUAUGUUUUGUGUCCGAUUAAGUGUGUAAAUGUUGGUGCUUCUGUGUAAUACCCCAAGGAAAGACAAUCAGAAACAAUGAAGGUGAUUAAAUCUAGGAAUUUGGGGGUUAGGGGUUUUGUUGAUGUUGUUCUUUGAUUUGGGUUGAUUCCGAAAAUUCUCCUAUUAAUCUUUUGACGGGAAUGGCCAUCCUAAAGCUGAUACUAAAUGUCUUUAUAAAAAAAAAGUUGUUUUUUUAUCAAGAACUAAUUCUAUGCUGACUCUUCCCUCUCUCCUUCCCUCCCUGUGUUGUUGAUUUAUUUGGGAGAGGGGAGUGGGGCUUGUGCAGGGGCGAGCUAUCCGAAGACAUGAACACAAAUGGAAACACCAGCCAUAUCGAUAUAGAGCCUCCCAUUCAAAAGCGAAUACCUUUCGUAGCCGAACCAUAUCUGAGCAGUGCGAUCGUGUUGUCUUGCGUAUGUUAUUCUCUCAGGCUGUGGACCUUUGUUACAGCUCUAGGAAACUG